AUAUAUAACGAGUUUUAACGCACAUAGUUACUGUUUCUUCAACUAUGGCUGUACUCUUUUUAUUAGCUGUCUCCAUCGGUUGUGUAUUGGCUAGGCCUUCCAGCGAAAAUGUGACACCAGUUGAGGUGACUCUGUACUACGAGACAAUGUGCCCUAGCUGUCGACUUUUCGUCCCAAGCCAAUUGUUGCCGGCCUAUACCGACACCAAGUUCGAUUACACCUCUUUAAUUUCCAAACUCACAUUGGUCCCCUACGGUUGGGUAAAAGUUAAGAACGCAACAAGCCAUGAAUAUCAAUGCCAGCACGGUCAAUCCGAAUGCGAGGGGAACAGGCUUCAUUCUUGUGCCAUCAAAUAUAUCCCUGAUCAACUUACAACUUUAGAAUAUAUUUCAUGCUUAGACAAUCUGGAAUCUGAAUAUUUGGCAUUUGAAUCUUCGGUGUACCCUAUUGACAAAUGUCAAGAUAAACUCCCAGGAGGACUCUACUCAAAAAUAAUUGACUGUUACAAUUCAGAAGAAGGAUGGACAUUAUUCCAGAUAAAUGGAGAGAAAACCACCUCAUUUUUUACAAGUCCUGCUUAUGUUCCAUAUGUUUCAUACAACAACAAACGAGAUGACGACCUGGCUGACUCUUCGAUUGAAGAUUUCAAAAUGACACUGUGCAAAGUUGCCGGUGUCGUUAACUGGCAAGAUUGUUCUUCGUGGAAUUAACAAACUCCUUGCGACGGUAAUCAUACAAUCCAUAAUAUACAGUUAUAUGUAUGUUUUGCCAGACUUUGUAUUUGACGAGAUUUUUGAUAUAUAUAUUCUUCUAAGUAGAGCUAAGUCGGAUUCAUCAUAAAUAUAGCUUUACGGUGAAAAAUUAAAUACCUGAGGAAAAAUUAAGGCAGAAAUCGUAAUACGACAUUUUUUUCAUCCUUUUUCCUUUUACUAACUCCAUACCAAAGAGUUCCUUCCAAGUUCUCUCUAUAAAAUAUAAACUAUUAUAUUAUGUGUCCUAAAAACGACACACACAUUGGAAAUGAUGUGGGAGGGGACUCAAAUUGGUUCCAGAGCCCGUUCUAGAGAUAUAUUGUCUCUGCUUAAGUAUGUAUAGGUCUCUGGAAUGGAUUAUGGACAUAUAUCGAUAUGAAGAGAUAAUGUUUGAAAUAUCUUUUUGUCGUAAUUAAUUACGUAAGAUAAAAAAAUAAUAAUGACAACAUGGUGUAAAUGUGUUCACAUCUCACUAUAAUUAUUGUCCACGUGACAAAUUAUUAUAUUUCGAAAUAAAUAAAAAAAAGGUAACAAAGAAAUAAACAGCGUAAUCCCAAAGAAAGAGCUGUUCGGUUAUUUUUUUUAUUUUAUAUUUUUUAAAUAUAUAUUUAAUUUUUUGUUACUAUAAACAUAGUAAAAAUAAAUAAAUAAACAACAGAAAGGUCUUAUCACUUCUUAAUUUGCACUUAAUUACAUCACAAAUAAUUCUUUCACAUAUCAGUAUUAAUUGUUGAGAUAUCAUCGAAGAUAACGUAAUCGUGAACACUUAUGAGCUUAUAAUACAUAUUUAAUAUACUUUUAAAGGUUAGCAAUUAAAAAAUAAUAAUAAUAAUAAUUAGACUUAUGUAUUUUAUUCCUUAUUUUGUAGAUACUCAUUUGAUUUGUAAAAUUUGUUUAUUCUUUAAAAUUUUUGUAUUUGUUUUUGCCUAACCAUAUAUUUUUUUUUAUUAAUUAAUUUAUUUAUUAUAUUUUCUCUUUUUUAGUAUAUUUUGGUACUGUUCAUUCAUCUUAUACUUUUAUUCACUUUAUUUAAUUGUUUAUUGUUAUUUAAAUAUCUAUUUUAUAUUUAAUAAUAUCUUUGUAAUAUAUAUUAAGUACCAUUUUUUAAAAAUAUCUUUAGCCAACACAUAUUAUAAUAAGUUAUAUUUAUAGUUAUAUACUAAAUAACGAUGUAAUGCAUAUAAUAUGCUUUUGCAUGGUGUAUGCACACUUCUAAGAAAUAUAUGCCUCUUCUGUAUGGUUACUACAGCAGAGAAAAAAAAUAAAUAAUAUAUAUUAAUACAUAUAU